AUGAUUUGGAUUUUUGGCUCUAUAUCCAUUAUUGGUAAUGUUCUUGCUGCCAUAUGGGGAAUACGAUCCAAGGAUUCUAAACGUCCUAUUUCAACGAGACAAUUGCUUCAUUUGUCGAUUGCUGACUCUAUCAUGGGAUUCUACUUAAUCGUUAUUGCAUCAGCUAAUAUUUACUUUGCGGGAGUUUAUUCAGAAUAUCUUGAAGCCUGGUUACGAAGUCCAAUGUGUUUAUUGGCAUCCUUUCUCGUCUCCUUAUCUAGUUUUAUGUCAACUAUAGUUUUGUUCUUAAUCACACUUGAUCGUUACUUGCAUUUAGUUUACCCUUUUUCUGAUUGUCGUUUAUCACUUAAGACUAAUAGCGGAUUAUUAGCCAUGGCAUGGUUGAUAUCGUUUGUAUUUAUUGGUGUACCUAUUAUUUUAAGCUUUAAUCAGCCUGCUAUUAAUCGUUUAUAUGGCAGCAAUAGCGCCUGUUUACCCAGUAAUUUCGACAAUCCAAAUUAUGUAGCAUGGCUAUUCGCCUACUGUGGUGUAACUUUUUUAAUAUGGAUAGCCAUUGCAAUUAUGUAUGCUGUUAUCAUCUUUACGCUAACUCAAGCGCGUAAGGCAGCAAAACGCGAAGAACGCUUUAAUGAUAAAAUUAUACGAUACAAGAUGAUCACCAUUGUUCUUACUGAUUUGAUCUGUUGGGUUCCGUUAUAUGUUAUAUUAGCCAAAAUCCUGCUUGGUAACAUUCUGGACAUUCAUACUUUGCCGUUUGUUGCUGUACUUUCUUUGCCACUGAAUUCAUGCAUUAACCCAAUCCUUUAUACAUUAUUUACAACAAUGUUUAUGAACGCCGCUAAGCAGUUUUGGGAUACUUCAAGCCAACAUUUUCGUCAAUUUAUGCCAUCACAAUCGGAAUCUGCUCAAAAGAAACCUAAUUCUAGCAAUAGCUUAGGAAGUAAAGAGUGUAAUAGUUAUUUCAUGCUGUGUUUAUAUAACUAG